CGACGAUGGAUUACUACAACAAGAGCCAAUAAUGGUGAACACUCCUCCCUGAAACUCCUUCAGUCUGAUUGUGAUCGAUCGUCCUUUUUUUCUGGUGCUGACUCACUAGUGAAGAAAAGUUUUCGGAAAACCCUAAAAUAAGAACAAACAACAACAACAAAGAAGGCUGAAUAAGUGCGUGUAGCGAAAGGAAGUCACAUUUUUGUGUUUCAAGUGAAUUAUUAUCGAUCGCUGCAAGUGAGAUCGGAUGGUGUGACUUUGGAUCCGUUCGUUCCCCGAUCGCACAGUUUAUCUUUUCCGAGUAUUUUAGCCACACUGUUUUUUUUUUACCGUUUUCGUUCGGGUGUGCAAAAACAACGCCAGCUACGUUCGGGUUGUGUUUGGUGUGAUCGAUUGUAGUCGGGUCGUCGCGAGUGCGUGCAGAUCGCCUUCGUAGUCGGAACGUGUGCGUUUGUGUAAGUGUGUAUGAUCGUUCGUGCGUGCGUGCUUAAAAACGAUUGCAGUGAACUCACCUACCACCUAAUUGCAUCGAAAACAGAAAAGUUACAUCCGCAGUAAACAAACACAAAUUGAGCCCGGUGCGGAAGAUCUUCGUACGUCAUCGGAUUGCGAUUGUUGCACUUUCAUUGUUCGUCCGUUCCGUUCGGUCGUGCGUGCGUGCGUUCGUGCGUAUGAGUGAGCGGCUUUCUAUGUGAUCACCUGCAUUGAAACGUCGAUCAUCAUCAACGUUGACGACGUCGACGACGACAUCAACUGGAACGGUGCAGGUGGCAAUACCGUGAUUUGUUUAGCGGGCAGCAACGCAGUGUUGUUGCUGCAGCAGCCCCAGGCCGGGACGGGACGGGACGGUUGUUCGUUCUGGACGACGGCGGUGGCGGCUUGCGCACAAAGUUUUUAACCGAUCAGAACAGUAAUCCCAAGCGAACAACACACCACCUCGAACCUUUUUUAUGGAGUGCUGGACGGGUGACGCCCGCUUGGCGAGAUUUUGCGAUUAAGCAGCGUAAGCUGUCACCGACAUGGGCAGUGAGCAUUACUGCUUGAGGUGGCACAAUCAUCAAUCCAACCUGUUAGGGGUGUUUAGCCAAUUGCUGCAGGACGAGAGUCUGGUGGACGUAACACUAGCUUGCUCAGAGGGCGCCUUCAUCCGAGCCCACAAGGUUGUUCUCUCGGCCUGUUCCUCGUACUUCCAGACGCUGUUUCUCGACCAUCCCACCCAGCACCCAAUCGUGAUCCUGAAGGACGUCCCGUUCACCGAGCUCCGCACGCUGGUCGACUUCAUGUACAAGGGCGAGGUGAAUGUCGAGUACUGCCAGCUACCGGCGCUGCUCCAGACGGCCGAGUCGCUAAAGGUCAAAGGUCUGGCCGAGAUGACCAACCAGAAUAGUGCACUGGCGGAAACGAAACGUGAACCGGAACGUCUACAGCGGCCUCAGAGUCACAGUAGUAGUGCAGCAGCAACUGCCGCCACCGCUACCGCCACCAGUCUGACGUCGGCUUCCUCAACGGCACCGUCGGACCGACAGCAAACGGCAGCGAACAACACCACCGGAGGUAACAACAGUGCAGCAGCCGUGUCCCCGCACAACCAUCACCAUCAGCACCACCACCCCGCCCUUGGAUCACCGACGAGCAAUGCGGCCACGGCAGCAGCGGUGGCCGCUGCGGCGGCCUCCCUCGGCAUCACCGAUCUGUCGACGUUAGGAAAAUCCCGCGCACUAGAUCCAGACGGGAGAAACCCUUCGCCGUCGCGACUGGACCGGUCGUCAUCACCGCCAGGGACUCCCAUGGCCCUAUAUCCACCCCUUAGGAAGAAUCGUGACCACACUCAUAGCAGUUCGGUGACCUCGUCGGCAACUACCACCAUCACAAUGGCAGCUACGGAGCGUUUCUCAGAAGAACGAGAACUGCCAGAGCACCAGCAUCACCAACACCAGAAGCGACCCCGCUCGAACAGUGGCAACGCCUUCAGCAGUAGCCUCAACAGUACUUCCGAAGGACUUAGCAACAACAACAACAGCGGUCCGAAUACCGGAAGCGGGAACGAUGACGACGAAGAAGAAGACCACGAUGAAAAUGGAAGCAUGCUGGCAAACGAGUCGAGGCAAAUUAACAGCGAGCAGGAUCAUCCGAUGUUGCACCACUGUCAGCAGCGAUCCAGCGUCGACGACGAUGACCGCCGCAGCAGUUCUAUGAUCUCCAACAUCCACAAUAACAACAACAACAAUUCGGAUGACGAGUAUGAGCCUCCGAUCAAGAUCAAGAGUGAAGUCGAAUUUUCACCUCUCUCAGGGUUGAACAUGACGAUGAACUCGCCAGCGUGCCUAGCCAACUCCACAGCCACCAGCAGCGGGCUGGUGAACUCUUCUGCGGCCGGUAGCCUACUGGGUGCCACCGAUCUGAGGCCUUCGUCGCGGGAUAGCGGCCGAGGUGGCGGCACUCCGGUGGCGUGUAGCUCGACAACGGUGGCCAACAGUGGCGGUGGUGGCAAUGGAAAUACUCUUAGCAGUGGACUGGACCGAAGCUCGCCCCGCUCGCAGCGGGAUCGAAGCGAACGGAGUGCGUUCGGCAGCGGCGGGAUACCGAGCCCGCUGUCGGAGCCCAUCGCCGGACCGUCGGGGAUGGGACCGGUGCAGCAAGUUCCACUGUCAUUGAAAAAGGAAGCCGACUGGGACCGAGGGGACGGAUCUGGUGACAGUUCGCUGGACUUUCGACACCCGCACGACUCGGAAACAUCAGAACCGCACUCCGCCGGCGGUAGUAUCGUCGGCAGUAGCCUCUGUUCGAGUGUUCUCGGGGGGCCACCGUUAGGGCUUGGUAGCGGUAGCAGUUCUGGAGACCGUGUCGGCGGUCGAUUAAGUAGUGGUGCUGACGGCCCCGACCAGGGUGCCGCUAUCUAUCCGUGCAUAUAUUGCGGAGCGACGUUUCCCCACCAGAGUAAACUCACCCGGCACAUACUGUCGCACUCGCUGGAGACGCUCAAAUAUCGCGAAGCAUCGAUGCACAUACACCCGUCACAUUUGGCCCUGAUCCAGCACCACGAACUAACGCAGCAGGCGCAACACCAGCAGGCCCAGGCGGCGGCCGUUGCGGCAGCUGCUUCCCUAUCACAGUCAUCACUGUCGCCCUCGCAGCUAUCGUCGUCGCAAUUCGGACCGCACAGGGGUGGCCCUCCGCUGGAACAGCUGCUGGAGUCGCCGGACGGGGCCACACCGAUGGAGCUGGAAUAUGUGGCAGCCGUUGCGGCGCAAGCAGCGGCCGUGGCGUCCGGCAAUGCGGCCGUCGCCGAUCAGGGCAACGUGGUGCUGUGCAAGUUCUGUGGUAAAAGCUUUCCGGACGUAACGUCGCUGAUUACGCACCUGCCGGUGCACACCGGGGACCGGCCGUUCAAGUGCGAGUUCUGUGGUAAGGCGUUCAAGCUACGGCAUCACAUGAAGGACCACUGUCGGGUGCAUACAGGCGAGCGACCAUUUCGCUGCGGGAUGUGCGGCAAGACGUUCUCCCGAUCGACGAUCCUGAAGGCGCACGAGAAGACGCACUACCCAAAGUACGUGCGGAAGUUCCUAUCGCCCUCGCCGAUCGACGGGAAGGAUGAGCCCCAAUAGUGCGACGAUCUGCACCUGCUGAACUUCCUCCUGCUCUACAACCUGCAGCAUCAUUGUGAUAUGUACGGCUUCACCUGAACGACCUUCAGCAUCUCUCCAUAGUGCGACUAUCGUAGCAGCACCAACAAGCAGAUCGCGGAAGACCAACCAAACUGUAAAACACAAAACUAAUGAAGCAGGAUACCAGCAGAUGGCAGUGGGAAUCAACAAAACAAAACAAACAAUAGCGGGAAGCGACGCACAGGAGAAGCCUCCGUACACUAAGAGUUAAAAAAUAACUUACAUACCCACACAUAUAUACCAUUACGGGACAACAAAAGAAGCUAUUAAGAAAAACUAACAAAACACCCCCCUAGUAGCGAACCCUUCGUUUCCUCCCCCUGAAGUAAACAAAACACACGGUAAAGUUAGGAUGAAUCGCGCGAGUAAUGAAGCAAUAUAUACAUAUAAAGAGUAAUUUUAUAUAGUAAUCAACCUACCACACCACACAGAAAACACAGACACAACCACAUAUAAUAUAAUUAAAAUAUAUUGGUGCUAUCUAUACCAAUUAAAAUUUCUUCGUAAUAACAGGCGAGACAAAAAAAGGAAAACAAAAACCGCAAAAUUACCGGUCAAAAUGUCAAUUUUCGGAGGACGGAAUUCAAAACACUCAAAUCUUUUGAACUACACACUUUCGCGAGAACGACGAGCGAACUACUUCGCUGAUUGACAGGCACUCUGGAACGCAGUUGGCAGCGCGUGCGGUUUCGAUGGAAACGCACGGUCGUUAACUCGCUCCGUGAGCCUUACAAUCAGAUCGCUUGAAGAGCACGAUGAGAAAUGAAAUGUAUUUAUUACUUACAACAACCACACACAAACACACAGUACACACAUAAUUAAUUGAGAAAAAGACAUCUGUGAUCUUAUUGAAUAUUAAUUAAUUGAGUUAGUUAUUACCUACCCCCCGACAAAUGCAGAUGAAGCUGUGUGAAGCAAAAUCGUUAACAAUAGAUCGACAUUUUUCCUCCUGUAGUAACAACCACAAAUCAAACCGGUACGCGUGUGAUUACGAAAGCUACGAUAAUAUUUCUUUUUUUUUCAGUGUACUCGCAUACAUGUAGUUUGAAUCCUCCUCAAAGCAGUCCCCCAAAAUAGGGGACAAAGCGCAAUAGUUUUUCUAUAGGUUUGCCAUCAAUGGUAAACCGAAUCAUAUCCUUGAUUAUUUUUCCUCGUUAUUAAUGUAAUACAGAUUAUUCAUAUAUUUUCUUAUUUCAAACUAAACACACACACAGACGUAGAAACACAAUUGAACACAUACACAAACACAAAUGCGCGGGAAGAGGACGAAGAACGAAUACAUGGGGAAGGAAAAGCGAGAGGGCAGAUUAGAAGCGAAAGCAUUACGUUCCUUAUUAAUGUGUAAAGAAUUUUAGUUUAAGAGCGAUUUCUUUGGUCCCAAAAACAACACCGAACGGUGCUGGGAAUGUUUAAACAGCUUCCAAUUUGGUGUAAAGCGAAAAGGUCGUUGCCGGAAAACAACAGUUUCUGAGUUCGUUCGAAGGCUUUUGGCAAAGGAGAAGUCGAUACAAAAAAAAAAAUUACCAUUUAGAUCGUUAAGCAGGGAAGAGCGCGGAAGUAGUAUAAAUUUAGGCAAAAUUAACUCUAGUUGCAUAUCACACGAGAAGAGUAAUCACACCUACACACAUACACACCUUCAAUCUUUCAUUCUUUGAAAAAGAAAAAAAACAGAACUAAUUCAAAACAAACUAAGUUAAGCAUUAUAAACACUUUUAAUUCGUUCAAAAUUAACGAUUUAGGUUUAGUUUUCGAUUUACCAGAAAACCAACUGAUCGAAGGUGGAGGAGAUGAUCAAAAUUGACUGUUUCGGCAACCAAAAACCAAAGUUCAAAAUUAUCGUUUCGGCAAAUCAAAGUAGCACCCAGCUACGACUAAAAAAACGUGUUGUGAUAAACCUAGUUCAAAUUUACGUUGUUAAGUUAAGCAAAUCUUUCGUAGUAUUUGUUGAGUAAGAUUAGUUAAAGAAAAACGCGACGGGAAAAAUGGCAAAUUGGCGACUUUUUUCGAACACACAAAAAAAAACUCAAUGGAGAAAAACACUGAAAGAAAUGCAACCAGAAGAUUCUGCGUAACCAUUGGCUGUGAUAGAGAUGAACAAUUUACGUUUUUAUUUUUGUUUGGUGGAAAGCGAGUUGCUGCACCCAACUCACUGAACAUGCGCGCGCACACACACACAAACGUAAUGUUAAGUAACUUAAUUAUAGGGAAAACCACCUCCGCUGCAUUGGCGUACUCGUUUCGAAAACACUUCAUGGAUCUCAAAAUUUAUUGUGAUGGAAAACGGCUUCCGUUUCGGCUUUAGAUAGAAUAACAAAACAAAGCAACCAAUCAAGUCAAAAUUUAACUUUUAUCGAAUCUAAUCAAAAUUUUAUUUAGGCUUAAUUAUUCAAAAUUAUUUCGGCAAUCCAUAAUUGAGUUAUUUAAUGUGUUGGCGAUUGACGACAAACAAGUAAGGCACGGACGCGACCGUGCAAAUAUGUAUCGCGAUUUUUUCCCUAGUCGGAAUGAAAUCUAUUAAAAUCCAACAAAAAUGAAUUCUAACCUUAGGAAAAACAAAGCGCAACGCGUUUGACACACGUUUUCUCCUCCACUUUAUGAAUCGAGAUUUGAUAAUUUUAGGCAAAAAAAAAGAUAAGAAAAAAAAUCCAAGAUUAAGAAAAAAUUGCUACUGGGUAGUAGGAAAUAGUGCUAAGUUGUAGUGCUAAAAAUUGUUAAGUAUGAUCGAAAAAAAAAACUCGUUUGGUUCAAAUACAAUUUUCUUUCAAGCGUUACAUUCCAUUUGAUAGAACACACACCAACACACUAUUUUACACGUGAAGCAAAUAUUUUCUCGCUUACAGAUGCACAGACACACUUUCAUAUAUAGUUAAACAGUUAAAUAGUUCAAACACGCUUACAUCUUAACCUCAACCUUUGUUCUUCUAUGUUGUUAUUCCGUUAGAACCGUUGUGAUAAACUGUAUGUAUCAUCUAACUGCUAACUGUACCGUUUCUGCAGGCAACUGAUUUUCUUGCACCCAUUUUUAUUUCCUUAUUUUCACCACGCAACUGCUUCUCAAGACAAAUAUUAUCUUUACACACUCAUGUCUCCGUUGAAAGCACUAGAGUUUUCGACUCGAAUCCGGUUGUGCGGUCACCGAUGAUGACUUUAAUAUUUAAAAAAAAAACUAGCAGAACUUAUUUGUAAAACGUUUUUGUUUCAGUGUAUCUGUGAUCCCCAAUGCCGUAUGAAUCCAUUUUUUGCCGAUUUUAAUUUCAAAAACCCUAAUUUCGCUCUUAUUCAAAGUAGCGAACGAACCAUUUUUUGGAUGUUGACGUCUUAUUUAAAUGGGCUACAACCAAAUUAGUGACGCCAAACCAGAUCGUUGGUCAACAAACCGUUCAGCGAAUUAAUUCGACUGCACUUUUCAACUCGGGGUAUCGGUCGUUUGUUUGCACAAUCAAUUUAAUGAUCGUUUUUUCCUCAUUGGGAAGAAAUCCGGCGUUCUAACACAAAUGAAUGAGAAGGACUGAAGUCCGCUGCUGUCAGGAAGGCCGCUUUAGAUUUAUUUUUCUUUCAAGAAUAGUUUACUUUUCUUUGUUGUAGAUUUGGGAAAAGAUUGGCCGAAACUCAUUCGGCCGAAAGCCAUUCGAAAGCCAUAGGUCUUUUGAGCCGAAAUGAUCGUUUAACAGAAAGGGCCAUUUGGCCGAACAAACCAUACGCUCGAAAAUGUCGAUUGGCCAAACAGCUCAUAAUGUCGAAAAUGUCGUUGGCUUUUAGCCGAACAAUAGUGAAUGUGAAAAGUGUGAAGUGACUUUUCACUUCUCACUUUGAAAAGUGAGAAGCGAGGAAUAAGAAGUUAUAGAAGAGGAUUGAGUAGUGAGAAGCGUGACGCCUCACUUCACACUUUUCAUUUUCCACUUUUCAUUUCUCAAUUCUCUUUUCACACUGUGAAAAGUAAGAAGUGAGAAAUGAAAAGUUAAAACUGAUGAGCCAGAAGUGAGAAAUGUGAUGUGAGUAACUAGUGAGACGGCUUACUUCUCACCCCUUACUCAUCAUUUUUCACUUAACAAUUCUUACUCCUCAUUUCUCAAUUAUCAUUAAAUACUUCAAAUUUUUCACAUUCACUAUUGUUCACUAUUUACGGUCAUAUGAUUCAUUCGGCCAAACGACAUUAUCGAACACAGUAACUGUUUGGCUAAAUGUCAUUAACCGCGGAAUGGCGCUUUCUGACAAACGACCAUUUCGACCAAACGACAUUUUCAGCCAAAUGAUCAGAUUAGCCAAACGACAUUAUGCGCCAUAUGACAAGUUCGGCCAGACGACAUUUUCGGCCACAUGAUUAGUUUGGCUAAAUGGUGAAGUGAGGCGUCCGCCAAACGACUAUUUCGGCAAAACGACAUUUUCGACCAAAUGACCUAUUCAGCCAAAUGAAUGUGUCGGCUACUGGACUUGCUCGUCCUAAUGACAUUUUCAUGUGAAUGCCUCUGUCUGCCAAAUGACAUAUUCGGCCAAUUUUUUUUUCGCCAAAUGGCCUAUUCAAACAAAUUAUCUUUUCGGUCAAAUCACCUGUUCGGCAAAAAAAAACAUUUUCGGCUAUAUGACCUGUUCGGCCAAACGACAUUUUCAUCCAAAUGGCCCUUUUGACCAGCCGAAUGUCCAUUUCGGCCAGAUAGGAUUCGAGCUAAUGGUUUAUUCGGCCAAAUGAUAAAACUAUCGGCUUAGUGGCCUUCGUGCAAAUGGCUUUCGGCCAAACGGCCCUCCUCCGUAUUUUUCAGC